AUGGAAGAUAAUAACCUGAAUGAAUUCGUCAUCUUUUUUUUUUCUUUGCGUAUGGAGUUUUGCUCACGCAAAAUCUCGAACGCACGAGAUUUGCUUUCUUCUCUUUCUCCAUAUCUCUCUCUCUCUCUCUCUCUCUAUCUAUCUAUCUAUCUAUCUCUAUCUAUCUCUAUCUCUCUGAUGAAGCUUUACCAUUUUUUCGCUCAUUCUUUAUAUAAUUUUUACUUUCAUUUUUAUUCACUUAUUCCUUUUUUCUUCGAUUCAUUCGUACAUUUUUUGUUCUAUUUUCUUUCUUUUUUAUUCGCUUAUUCCUUCUUUAUUCAUCUAUUCUUUUUCGCUCAUUCUUUAUAUAAUUCUUUCAUUUUUAUUCACUUAUUCUUUCUUUUUUCUUCGAUUUAUUCAUUCAUUUUUUCUUCUAUUUUUCUUUCUUUUUUAUUCGCUUAUUCUUUCUUAAUACCCCUAUUCUUUUUCCCUUAUUCUUUUCCUGUCUUACUUUCCUUUUUAUUCACUUAUUCUUCCUUUCUUUUCUUUUCUUUCUUUCUUUCUUUCUUUCUUUCUUUCUUUCUUUCUUUCUUUCUUUCCUUCCUUCUUCUACUCUUUUUUUAUUUAUUUAAUUAUUUUUUUUCUUUCUUUCUUUCUUUCUUAAUCCAGUUUUUUCUUUCUUUCUUUCUUAAUCCAGUUUUUUCUUUCUUCCUUUAUUCUGUUAUUCUUUUCUUUAUAUGCCUAUUUUCCUCUUUCUCUCUUUCUUUUUCUUAUUCCUUCUUUCUCUCUUUAUUCUCCUAUUUCUGCUAUUUUCUUUAUUCUGCUCUUCUCCUAGUGUCCCUUUAUUAUAUUACCUAUUCUUUCUUUCUUUCUUUCUUUCUUUUCUUUUCUUUCUUUCUUUCAUUUUUCAUUCUUUCUUUCUGUCUUUCUCUUUUUCUUUCUUUCUUUUUUUCUUUCUUUUUUUAUUUUCCCAAAACAAUUUUCGGCUCAAUUCUUUUCUUUCUUUUUCUUUGA